AUGAAGCACGAUCCCUUUAGUUCGGUACCACCGAACCGGUGGUCGUGGUCAACAACACACUACUACAUCCAGUACCUGAUUACUAUCUAUGGUACCCCCGUACUUGGCGACGACUCCCUACCCCCCGGCAAUAAAAUUGACUGGUCUGCGACAAUGCAAGGAACCCGUCUCUUGGUGACUUGGUCACUCUGGGCAGGCUCAUCGAGCCGAGCAAACAAGCCAAUUCCACCAGUGCUUGCCUUGCCAAGAGCCCAGAGCCGUCAUCGUCCGCAUCGUCCGCGCAUGGGCCAAGAAGAAAAGGAAGCUAGGGCGCUGCUUAUCCCCGUGCUCUGA